AUGAAGCACAAAGGAAAAUUUAUUUCUGAACGAAAAAGAAAUCGCUUCGAAAAUCUAAAACGAAAAGAAAACACUUCCGUAAAUGAUGGUAAGAAAGAGCAAAGCGGUACAGAUGAACAAGAAGACAAAAAUAAUUCCUGGGCUGAGGGGAGAAGAAUAGUGGAGCUAAGCGUAUUGGCUCAAGGUUUGAAAGAGUGCGUUUUCUGCAAAGACAACUUAAGAUUAGAUGCUUGUGUUGACGAGAGAAAGUAUGGAUUGGCAUCUAUUCUGUACAUAAAGUGUGUUAAAUGCAACAACUUGAAUUCAGUGCCUACCGGCAAGAGACACACGACGAAUUCGAAUGGGAAAGUACCGCUAAGAUGCUUUGAUGUUAACAAAAAGCUUGCUGCAGCAAUAUUGCAUGCUGGUAUAGGGGAACAGCAGGUUAAUAAUAUUCUCGCUGAGCUAAACCUCCCUUCCAUUCAUCACAAAACUCUAAAAGAACGAGAAAGAGAAAUAGGAUGUGUUAUGGAGGAUGUUGCAGAGAAUUCUUGUAAUGCUGCAAUACAGACUGAAAUCCUAUGCUCUAAUAGCGGAGACGCACCGGAUCUACGUUGCGACAAGGGCGCUGAAGUUUCAUGCGAUGGUGGCUGGCAAAAGAGAGGAACGGGACGCAAUUAUAAUAGUUUAUCUGGACAUGUAACGGUAGUUGGAAAGAACACAAAAAAUGCCUUUCUUUCGGUGUGGCGUGCAAGUCUUGCAGAAAAUGCCAGUAUCGAAAGAGAUCAAGAGGCUUAUGUAAAUCUCACAGCUGUCGAAAAAACUGGAGCGGUUCAGCUAAAGGUUAACUCGGCAUGCAACCUGUCUCCUGGAAAACAAACAGAAAAACGACAGAGCUUGCUCGAUAAAAAAAGGUCAAAGAAUCAACUUUUCCAGAGUACCUACAAAGCCAAAGUAGAUCGUUUAAAACUGAGGGAACAGACACAGACAUCGGAGGCAACAAUGGAACUCUGCGAAGCGUCAGAUAGUUUAAUAAUUCAGAUAGUCGCAAGAAAUUGUGGUACGGAGGACACCUUUUCCAGUUACAUAAGACCUCCAAAUGGAUACAUUCCUACAGCUGUUUCGAGACUGACGGGUAUCGAAAUGCAUGGCUUCACCAUGUAUUCCGACAUGGUUCCGGUCAGAUCCACAGCGGAAAAGGAGGCACUGUUGAAGUUUGCAGAAUGGAUGGAUAAGUAUAGCUCAGUUCUCAUCGUGGCUCACAAUGCGUCUUUUGAUGCGCGGAUCUUAGUAUCUGCAUUCUACAGACAUGGAAUUGCCAAUCAUCUUAAAACUAUUGUUGGUUUUUCCGACUCUAUAAAAGUCUUCCAAAAAAGCAUUCCCUAA